GCUCGGCGUCGAUCAGACGAGCCUCGACACCCUUACAUUGUGACCCACGUGAAAACGGAAAACGGUUCGAUUCCCGGAGGGAGCCGCGACACGUCGCCGAUUCUUCAGCAACAGGCUUAAAGAGAGGCAGAGUACAGAAUGAGGAGCAGGACAAGUGUUCUGACAUCGAGCUUGGCUUUCCUCUAUUUCUUCGGGAUCGUGGGAAGGUCAGCGUUGGCUAUGGAAGAAACACCAGCCUCGUCUAUGAAUCUUCAACAUUAUAACAAUAUGUUGAAUCCUAUGGUGUUCGACGAUACCAUGCCUGAAAAGAGAGCGUACACUUACGUCUCCGAGUAUAAGAGGCUACCCGUCUACAACUUUGGGAUUGGAAAGCGUUGGAUCGAUACCAAUGACAACAAGAGAGGGCGCGACUAUUCGUUCGGGCUUGGUAAACGAAGACAAUACAGUUUCGGGCUGGGGAAACGAAACGACAACGCUGACUACCCGCUCAGACUGAACCUGGAUUAUCUUCCCGUCGACAAUCCCGCGUUCCAUUCCCAAGAGAACACGGACGACUUUCUCGAGGAGAAACGGGGAAGGCAGCCUUACAGCUUCGGAUUAGGGAAGAGGGCGGUGCAUUACAGCGGUGGACAACCGUUAGGUUCGAAGAGACCGAACGACAUGCUCAGUCAGAGAUAUCAUUUCGGACUUGGGAAGAGGAUGUCCGAGGACGAGGAGGAGUCGUCGCAGUAG